AUGUCAUCUAUAGACAGCAGAAUACACGAGACUUGGUCCAGAUUGAAAGCUUCACACAACCAAGUACAACAGAUAAGCGUAGAAGCACCAAGUCUAGAGAAAAUAAUUGCAGAUCAACCGAACAGUGAUGAGUUAGAGAAAGAAUUGAAGGAUUUAGUGAUGAAAUGGUACUGGAAUGGGUAUUACCAAGGAUUUGAUGAUAAUGAAACGAAGCCCAAGUAG